CCUUUUAAAAAAAAAGUUGUCAACCAAGGCCCAAAUUGAAUUUUUUGUUGUCAAUCAGGACCAAGUGUCAAUUUCCGGCAGUCAACCAUCACUUUCCGGCGUUGACUGGCGCGUGACAAGCACGUGAUUGACCUUUAGGCCUUUUUUUUAUUAUUUUUUUAUUUUUUCCCUCCAAAUUUUUUUCACCUCCCCCCACUUACCCCAACUAACCAGUUAAAAUUUGAAAAAAAAAAAUCGAUCCUUCUCUCUCUCCUGCUGAACCCCUUCUCUGCCUCUUCCUCCAUUUCUGUCUUCCUUCCAAGGUUGAAUUUCUGGUGGAAAUUAGUCAAAUUCGUGACUCCCAAGUGGUAUUCGGUGAUUUUCGUACCAGGAUGAAUGUGACCAAGAGAAAGGGUAAGACAUGUGGAUGUGGUUUUCCUGUAGUUCAAAGAACUUCAUGGACCCAUGAGAAUCCUGGACGAAAAUUCUUGGGCUGCAAGUUCUAUGAUUUCGCGACUGGGAAGGCUCGUUGUGAUGCGUUCGAUUGGGUGGAUGAAGAAAUUUUGGAAUGGCAGAAGGAUGUGACUAAUGUACUCAUUGCUGAGAAACAGCGAUUGAUUGGUGAAGUGGAAACCCUCGAGGCAAGGAUUGAUUGUAUUCAACGUGAUAAUAACCGGGUGCACGAGGAGCAUGGGAAGAUGAAGGUUAAGUAUGAGAAGAUGAAGAAGAUGACAGAAGGUGGUGUGAAGGAAGGGAUUAGGAAUGAUCAUUUGUUAGUUAUGAUAUGUGUUUGUGCUAUCGUUUCAAUUAUCGUUAGUGCAAUGUACGUUAAGGUUGUUGGUUAAGCAAUGCUUAAGAAUGUUGUGGUCACUAGUUGAUUUAGUUUGUUGGUUAAGAUUAAGAUG